AUGGCUGACAUCAAACCGCCCUUCACAGAGGAAUCGGCACGUAAGAAGGUCAAGGCCGCUCAAAACCUGUGGAAUACCCAGGAUCCCGAACGAGUGUCGGUGGCAUAUACCCCGGACACAAUCUGGCGUAACCGGGACAGCUUUCUCCAGGGCACAGAUGCGGUCAAGGCCUUUCUAGCAAAGAAAUGGGAGAAGGAGAAAUCCUACCGCCUUCGCAAGGAGCUCUUUGCGUUCACUGACAACCGCAUUGCAGUGCAGUUCUGGUAUGAAUACCAGGACUCUAGUGAUGGAAUGAAAUGGAAGAGGUGCUAUGGUUUGGAAGAUUGGACGUUUGACUACGAAACGGGAAAGAUGCGUAAGCGCCAGAUGUCAGGGAAUGAUCUUGUCCUGGGGCCCAAUGGAAACGGAGAGGGCAGAUGGUUUGUGGACGGGGUGGAUGUCGAGGACGCCGAGAUUACUGAGAGCCAUUGGUAA